GUUAGAAUCCUGUGGCCUCCGAAGGGCACUGGCAGUUGGAACGAGCCAGGCAGGAGGCCACGACAACGGCCCCAGAGACGCGCAGCCCCCCCACACCACAGGAGACGGCAGCAGGGCCCCUCCACAGCCCAGAGAUGGCCCCGCCCCCAGGGGACCCAGAGGGGUGCAGGCCCCAGAGCGGCUGGGAGAUGGGCAGCAGCCCGCCCUCCCCUCAGCAUCCAGCCCGGCUGUGGGCAGCCGUUUUCCCCACGCUCUGCAGCCUGGGGAAGACUGACAGCAGCGCCGCCCUCCCUCAGCGCAGUGACCUGAGCAGCCAGGAGGAGCUGGAUCUAGGGGCCCCAGAGAGGAGCGACAGCAGCACUGCCCCUCGUCCUGAGCACCGGUUCCGGCUGUGGGCGGCCGCCUUGCCUGCCCUCUGGGGCGAGGAGGAAUACAGCUGCGAGCAUGGCUCUGCGAAGUAUCUGGCCCUGUGCGGCCUGGGUGGCGUGGUGAGCUGCGGCCUGACCCACACGGCUGUGGUGCCGCUGGACCUGGUGAAGUGCCGUAUGCAGGCAGAGCCCAGUCGCUACCGGAGCAUGCUGCAGGGCUUUGCUCUCACCGUGGAAGAGGAGGGGAUCCGUGGCCUGGCAAAGGGGUGGGCCCCCACCUGCGUGGGCUACUCCCUGCAGGGCCUCUGCAAGUUUGGCUUAUAUGAAGUCUUCAAGCUGCGCUAUGCUGACAUGUUGGGACCUGAGCGAGCUUACCUGUGGCGGACCAGCCUCUAUCUGGCCGCCUCAGCCAGUGCCGAGUUCUUUGCUGACAUUGCUCUGUCCCCCAUGGAGGCAGCCAAGGUGCGAAUCCAGACGCAGCCAGGCUACGCCAACGCAUUACGGGUGGCUGUCCCCAAGAUGUACCGUGAGGAGGGGCUGUGGGCCUUCUACAAGGGGGUGGGUCCCCUCUGGAUGCGCCAGAUCCCCUACACCAUGAUGAAGUUUGCCUGCUUUGAACGCACCUUGGAGGCCCUCUAUGCCUAUGUGGUGCCCAAGCCACGCAGUGAAUGCUCCAAGCCUGAGCAGCUUGGCGUCACCUUUGUUGCUGGCUAUAUAGCCGGUAUCUUCUGUGCUAUAGUCUCCCACCCAGCUGACUCUGUGGUGUCUGUGCUCAACAAGGAGAAGGGCAGCAGCACUAUGGAAGUCCUCAAGAAGUUGGGCUUCAUAGGCGUGUGGAAGGGCCUCUUUCCCCGCAUCCUCAUGAUUGGCACCCUCACAGCCCUGCAGUGGUUCAUUUAUGAUUCAGUCAAGGUCUAUUUCAGGCUCCCUCGGCCUCCACCACCAGAGAUGCCUGCAUCACUGAAAGAGGGUUUUUUCUUUAAGUAGAUUCAGCCCAUAGAUGCUGCAUUGUGAGCUACAUUCCUGCUGCAUUGUACUGUUUCAUUUUCAACUCUGUGGCUCUGUUUCAGGGUCCUGGACCAACUCCACCUCAAAAAGCUACCUCUCCAGAGAGAGACUGAUGGGAGUGGUUAGCCUUUUCCCACAGACCUUGCAGUUACACUGUCACUUCACUACAUAGUUCAUUCUGUCAAUUUUAGGUUCCAACCAUCAUCUUAGAUGCCCCCAUCACUGGACUUUGUGCCUUGACAUGAAAUUACAUUUGACAGCUCUGUUAAAGGUCUAUUUCUGCAAAGGCUUAAAUCUAUCAGUAUGUGGCUCUUAAUGCCUGUGUUUAUUUUGUUUGCCAUGGAUAGUAACUCUGAAAACUUUGAAACACAACAGUCAUAUUUGCCUAUUAUAGAGAAAAUUGACAUGUAUUUUAAAUGGGUGCUUAUUUUACACUCAUAUACAAUAUUUAGUGGAACCAAAACAUUAAAUAUUGCUAUGAAUAAUAUGUUCAUAUGUUCAGAAUAUAAUAAUUUACAGGAACCCCAGACUAAAGUGUUUAUCUACAUUGUUUAUUGGAAUUGCAUAUUUGCAAUUUUGUUUACGGAAUGUUAUAUUUUGUAAAGGUUAGAAUAUUAAUGAUAGUUAUUUAUGUGUGUUUGAUAUAAAAAUGCUGAGAUGUUUGAAGGAGUAUUUGUUAAUGAUUGUUUACACAAAGGUGUCCUGCCUCCUAAAUUAGAAAACCUGGGCAUAAAAUAGAGUUACGGUAAGCCCGCUUACCUCUCACUUACAAACCUUAUUUUUAAUAAAUAAUUUGGGAUAGAAGAAUGAGUAUAAUAUGCCCUAAUUUGGUGCCAUUUCUAUCUUAUGUGGCAAACCCCUUCCCUUAUUUAAACAUAGAUCAAAUUGAUAUGUGCUGUGGGUUUUCGUCAAUAAAAGAGAUAUGGACCAUGGUGUAACUUACAUGAGAUAUGGCCUGCAAUCACUCAUUUAUUCAAGAAUGCCAGACAUAAUAUACAUCUGAACAUAAUUAUCCCAAGAAUGUUAUUUAUUAAAUGUUUAGAAACGUUAUGUGGAAAUUUAAAUAGUUAACAAAGCAAAUAAAAAUGCAUUUU